AUGCCGGAGACCGGGCAAGAGCCGACCAGCGCCCCGCCGCCGCCCCCCAAGGAGUCCUUCUACAUCAAGAACCUCCUCAACGGCGACCCCCCUAAGGCUCCCCCCAAGCAGCCACGGGCUCUGUUCGCCCCGUCGGGCAAGGCGGCGGUGGACGGCGCCGGCUUCGCCCUCUCGCAGGUGGGCGACCUCGCCUUCCCCCGCUUCGAGAUCCCGGCGCCGCGCUUCGCCCUGAGCGCCCACUGCCUGGAGCGCGCCCAGACCUGGUGGUACCCCUACGCCCUGACGCCGGCCGGAGCCCACCUGCCCCGCACGGAAGCCGCCGAAAAAUCUCUGCUGAGGGACUCGUCCCCCGCCUCGGGCACCGACCGGGACUCCCCGGAGCCGCUGCUGAAGGCGGAGGGGGAGCAGAAGGAGCUGGACUCCAAGAGCCCCGACGAGAUCGUCUUGGAGGAGAGCGACUCGGAAGAGGCGAAGAAGGAAGGGAGCAGCGCGGAGGACUGGAAGAAACGGGAGGAAAGCCCAGAGAAGAAACCUUGCCGCAAGAAGAAGACCCGCACGGUGUUCAGCCGCAGCCAGGUCUUCCAGCUGGAAUCCACCUUCGACAUGAAGCGCUACCUGAGCAGCUCGGAGCGGGCCGGCCUGGCCGCCUCCCUCCACCUGACAGAGACCCAGGUGAAGAUUUGGUUCCAAAACCGCCGCAACAAGUGGAAGAGGCAGCUGGCGGCCGAGCUGGAGGCGGCCAACCUCAGCCACGCCGCCGCGCAGCGCAUCGUCCGCGUCCCCAUCCUCUACCACGAGAACUCGGGCGCGGAGGCGGGCGCGGGGGGCGGUGGAGCCCCCGGUACCCAGCCCCUGCUCACCUUCCCUCACCCCGUCUACUAUUCCCACCCCGUGGUCACCUCCGUGCCGCUCCUGCGGCCCGUCUGA